CUGAAAGAAGAGAAUGCCAGUUUGAGAAGCAAGAUCAAUAAGCUUCAGAUUUUCUCUGAAACUCAAGCAGACAAGGUGAGGAAACUUGAAAGAAAGCUUGAGGAAAACAAAAUUAAAGAAGAAAAAGAAGCUCAAGAUCUAGAAGCAAUGGUGCAGCACGUGGAACAAAAUCUCCAGCUGAUGACUAAACGGGCUGUUAAAGCAGAGAACAAUGCUACAAAACUGAAACAGGAAAAUGCAUUACUUCAGGUUCAACUGAAAAAUUACAAGACAGAGAUCGAAGCCUUGAGAUCGGGCCAAUCAGCUAGUCUGGCCAUAAUGAAACAAAAUGCAGACGUUGCCUUGCAGAAUCUUCUCACAGUUAUAACAAGCUCUCGGUCUUCAAUAAAGCAGCUGGUCUCUGGAGCAGAAUCAUUGCAGCUUGUGGCUGAUCUCCUUAAAUCAAUAGACAGAAUUUCUGAAAUGCCAGAUGACGGACAGUAAAACUACAAAAAUGGACUCGAAUGGAGAGCUAUGCUUUCUUACAGAA